AUGGAUGCGAACAGGAGUUUUGUAGAGCAGCUGCGGCGGCGGCACGAAGAGGAGGAAGAGGAGGAGGAGGAGGAGGAGGAGGAGCAACAAGAAGAAGCACACAGUGACAGGGACGACGGCUUUCUCGACGACUUCGUGAGGGAACUCGACGGCGCAUCCUCAGAAGACGAGCAGGCGGAGGAGCCGGCGGAGAUGCAGCCGCCCAUGAGCGGAGGCGACGGCGAUGAGCAAGUGGCCAGGGCACUGCAGGAGGCGGAAUGGCGUCGGAAUCCUCCGCUACCGGGGAUGCAAGUCCCUAGCGACGGGGACGAUGGUAGGCGCGUUAGCAGCAUAAUCUGUAGCGGUUCCGGUAGCGGCAGCAUUUUUGACACCGGGGGUUGCAGCGGGGGCGGUGCCAGCGGCGGCGGCAGCAGCAGCAGCGGGGGCGGUGCCGCUGCUUCUGCGACAGGAGUUGGUGCACUCGCGGCUGGUGCUGGUGCUGGUGGCGCUUCCAGGCCUCCCAACUGCGGUGUGGUCUGUCAUAGCCCCUACACUGAUGACGAUGAUGAUGAAGCCGCAAUCCAGGGGGAUGGAGCCAACGGUGGAACACCGCCGCAGAUUGCCAAGAAAGAGAUAAGGGGCAGUAAAAGAAGAGGCAUGGGGCUCGGAACGAUGGCGGGGCCAGGACGGCCGAGGGGAAAGGGGAGCGUACGGGGGGCGACGCAAGGCGCAUGGCCCCCCGGAGGCCUUGGCGAAGGGGAGGGCCUUCGAAUCAACGAUUUCCCGGACGAAAUCGUCGAAAAAGUCGCUGGGUUUGCAUCUCUUCCUCGCUGUGUGUCGAAGCGGAUAGAGGAGUAUCGGGUCAAGGUUGUCCGGGAACGUGUGUUUACGGCUUUGGAAACGUCGGCAACGCUCCCGGCUUCGAAGGCAAAGGAAGUGGAGGAUGCCAUUUUUGCUCUUUGCGGGGGCUCCGUGACUAAGGCGUACAAAGCAAAGGCCCGGGAGAUGUCGUUCAACCUGAGGGUGGGAAAGAACGACCCCCUAAGGGAGCGACUCCUGUCUGGAUCCCUUCUGCCGAGCGACCUGGUGCGGAUGAGCUCCAACGACUUGGCCCCUCUCUCCGUUCGACGAGAGCGGGAGAGGUUUGCCCGCAAGCGUAUCCGAGAGGUCACAUCGAGCCGAGACAGCCCCUUCCACACGGUGACCGAUCGCUUCGCCUGUGUCGAGUGUGGGCACGAGAAAACGCAGUAUCGCACUUGGAGGAGAAAGGCGGUGGUCGACAGAGUCCGCGUCAUCGUCCAGUGCCUCCAGUGCCGACAUUCGUGGGAGCUCUGA